CGACCAUCUAUUUAGACGACAGUACUGUUAGUCAUCCAAACUUGAAAAACACCAUCAAAUGUGUCACACUUGGUAUCUAUUAUCACAUCCGGAACAGGAAUUCCGAUCGUAUUGUUGAUAUUUUUGAUGAAAGACAACACCCAUUAACGAAGGACGGAAUGCUCAACAAUAGGGAUGAGAAUCGAGAUCCCGAUCACCGGACAAUAUACCGGUUCGUGAGGACACUGUUCAGCGCCGCCCAACUGUCACCUGAGUGUGCGAUCAUAACUCUGGUCUAUUUGGAGCGUCUGUUAACGUACGCCGAGAUCGAUAUCGCGCCGCCGACGUGGAAACGUAUUGUUUUGGGUGCCAUUCUUCUGGCGAGCAAAGUAUGGGACGAUCAGGCCGUCUGGAAUGUCGACUACUGCCAAAUACUUAGAGAUAUCACCGUUGAGGACAUGAACGAACUCGAGAGAAGAUUUCUGGAGCUCUUGCAGUUCAAUAUCAAUGUGCCGUCGAGUGUAUACGCGAAGUAU